UUCCGUAGCAAGAGAAGGCAUGAAUCACUGUAGACAAUGAAUGCUCCACGCAGUCGCCGUCUUAAUUGACAAUUGGGAUUUAGGUAUUUUGACAAUGCAUUGAUACACUAGUGAGGAGUUGAGUUUAUUUGUUUUUAUUUUAUUUGUUUACCAGUGAGUGCAAAUUUUAAUUUGGAAUUCUGUCCCGUCUACGAGCAAUGUGUACUUUUUUGUGAUGAAUUAUAUGGCUAAUUGAGUAGUCGUUGGAAUAAGUGGAGUGCAACUUCUAUUUGGUUCAUUGAAACUCGAAUAAAAGUAUCGCAAAGGCUUUAAAGUGACGUUGUUUUGUGUGCCUCGUCAACGGAAAUCUUCACAGAGCGACAGUCGUGAUGGGAUGAUUGGAUUGCAGGAAUGCGGGUCAGCGCCACCGCGGGCGCCUAUAUCCCAGAGCCGCGCCAGGACGGCCCAGGCGGUGGAGUACUACAACAAUCACGUGCAUAAGGCCUGGGCUUCCGCAGGUCUGUCGGCGUCUGCUGCGAGGGCCUCUUUCAACGACCGCCACAGUCACAACUGUCCCGUCGGAAGGAAUUCUUCUGGUAGGCCGCAGAAUAUCGGCACCCCCGAACUGUUGUACCGUAGCAAUUCGAGCUUGGAACUGUUGGAUCACCAUCACGGCCAUUCAAGAAGAACGAAUGGUUCGCCUCCUGGUCUCAAAAGAGAAUACGGUUCUCACGGAUCGAUUGACCACAUCAUAGAUAGGCCUGCUUCGAGUCAAGCCUCAAAUGGAACACCUCUAACAACCGGCGAAUCCUUCUUUGCUAUGCUCCAGGACUACAGACCCGCUGUUUUGGGAGCUAUAGGCACUGACCAGAGAUCACCAGGACCUUCCGAGUACUUAAGAGGAAAGUCAGUCGAUCAGACUGACGGCAUAAGCAGCAGUACCUACGCCGGUGAUACCAACGCUAAUUCUUCCUAUCAUUCUAAUCCUCAGAGUCCUAAAUUGAGGGUCAAGUUGCCCAGGUUUUGGGGAAGUGGGAAUGUUAACAGUAGUAGCAGUAACAAAAGCCAGAAACAAGCGAUGGACGACAGUUCGAUAGUGUCUGGCAGUAGCACCAGCGUCAAUUUCAACACCGAAUCGGAGGAGAUAGCACGAAGAAGGGCCUUCACCCAUUUCGACUGCCAGUCAUUGACCACCAACCUGAGCUAUGUGGUCCGGAUCAGGAGGAACCUGCUGGCGAAACGUCGCAACACCGCCACCGGAGCGUCGGCGGCGUCCAUGCUGGCCAGAUCCUCGACGCCGGACGCCGAGAACAGCGAGGAGGACAACGGGGACGGGCAGAGCAACGGCUUGGUGGAGAGCUGCCCGUUUUUCAGGAACGAAAUAGGCGGGGAAGAGGAGAGAAUAGUGAGUUUGACGCGAGUGCACAGUGGUGGUUCCGGGUCGAACAAGAGACCGUUACAUAGGCCUCCGUUGGCCUACGGUGUGGCUGUGUUGGAGUUUCCGUUGGGGGAGACGCAUUGGAGACAUUCUACGUGCCCUUACCAGAGAUUGCCGAGACCUAUCGAGAGCGUGGACCAGGGCGCUUUGUAUUAUAGGAAACAUUUCUCAGGACAAGAUCACCAAAAUUGGUUUGGCAUGGACGAGCAGCUAGGCCCGAUAGCAAUAUCCAUACGAAGGGAAAAAGUAAUACAUAAAGAAAAUCAAUCAUCUUCCAUCAUGCAAUACCAGUAUAGACUAGUCAUAAGAACGUCGGAAUUACAAACGUUACGAGGAGCAAUCCUAGAAGACGCAAUACCAAACAUCAAAACAUCGAAUAGCAGUAAAAACUUGAACGUUAAAGAGGUACUCGAAUACGUAGCCCCAGAAAUUCAGCUCAGUUGUUUGAGGAUGGGCGUCCAGACAACCCAGACCGAAGAUCAGCUGUUGAAGUUGGACGAACAAGGCCUUAUGACGAAUUAUAAGGUCGGUGUUAUGUACUGUAAAGCGGGACAGAGUUCCGAAGAAGAGAUGUAUAAUAACGAGGAAGCGGGGCCAGCUUUCAACGAAUUUUUGGAGACGAUUGGCAAGAAAGUGAGGCUAAACGGAUUCCAGAAGUACAAAGCAGGGCUGGAUAAUAAAUCUGACUCUACAGGAUUGUACUCAGUGUAUGCCGAGUACCAAAAUUGUGAAAUAAUGUUCCAUGUCUCCACCAUGUUGCCUUUCACGCCGAACAAUCGACAGCAAUUGUUGAGGAAACGACACAUAGGCAACGACAUUGUUACAAUUGUUUUUCAAGAACCAGGUGCCUUACCGUUCACACCAAAGGGGAUUCGAUCUCAAUUCCAACACGUUUUCAUUAUAGUGCAAGCGAUAAAUGCGUGUACAGAAAAUACACACUAUAAGGUGGCUGUGAGUAGGUCGAAAGACGUACAAGUCUUCGGACCUCCGAUAAAGGAAGGGGCUAUCUUUCCUAAAGGCAAAGCUUUCGCGGAAUUUCUUCUCGCCAAGGUUGUAAACGCAGAGAAUGCUGCGCAUCGAAGCGAGAAAUUCGUCCUGAUGGCUACUAGAACCAGGCAGGAGUAUCUGAAGGACCUGGUGGAAAACUUUUCCACCCAUACCACCAUCGACACCGGACAGAAAUUCUCCAUUUUCAGCAGUAAAAAGAAAGAGAAGAUCCGUCCGCGCUUCAUACCUGACGCGUGCCAGAGGGGAGCCAUUCUCUGGCAAGUUCUUCUUGACGACAGUGGGCAGUCUCAACAGAUCGAAUGCUUCUUGGGCAUAUCCACCGAUAGCCUGGUACUUAUCGAUGAACAUACGAAACAGAUUGUUUUCGUAACUCCAUGUAAAUCGGUUUUGGGAUGGUCGCCGCAAAGCAACAGCCUGAGGAUAUACCAUCAUCAAGGUGAAUGCAUGACCAUACACAUGCGGGAUUCCCACGGAGAUCGAGACGAACUGAUGGAAAUCAUGGAACGUCUCAAGGCUGUCACUCAAGGGGUCUUCGCUCAGGAGCUUCCUUUGAAAAGGAAUAUUAUGGGACAACUAGGCUUCCACGUCCAACCGGACGGCAUCGUUACCCUAGUUGAGAGCGUUGGGCAAGCUUGGCAGGCUGGUUUGAGGCAGAACUCAAGACUAGUUGAAAUUUGCAAGGUUGCCGUAUCCACCCUAACCUACGAUCAAAUGGUGGAUCUGUUGAAAACAUCUCAACUGGUCACUCUGACCGUCAUCCCGCCGCUACCAGACGGUUCGCCCCGUAAAGGCUGCACCCUCCCCAACUGUAAAUAUAACGAGAAUAACUACGAGGGUGAUUACGAAAACACCAACACCGACGAGGGGAAGUACAGGAAGGCGCCUCAGAUUCAACAGGCCGGCAACCACAAGAGGGUCUACGAGAGGAGUUUUAGCCCGCCACGUUCCAGCAACAGCUCCGGAUACGGCACUGGCAGCAGUAGCAAAUCUUUCCAUGCGCCGGAUUCGAAAUAUAAUAUGAACAUAGAGGGAAUUACAACCGGCUCGUCUAGCGCCAACUCAGCCGAAGACAAGUGGUACGAUGCGGUCCACGACUUCGAUCCUCCCCCAAUACCGACAAAAUCCACCCAUCGUACCGUCCACGCCAACAACACCUUCCCUUCGACGCCAAAACGCAACAAUCAUCACCUCCAAGCGUCACAACUUCAAUUGUCGCAGUCGCACAAUCAUUUCAUCCAGCCUCAACUGCAACACAGCAAAGUGUCAGUCAGUCAUUCCCUACCGUUGCAGCACGUCAAUUUCACCCAACCCUUGAGCACCCCUUCGAUAUCUACAUUGAAUAAUAUAGAGUACGACUUGGGGUUUAAGAAUAACAUACUGAAGCAACAGAACGAUAAAUCUAGACAAGACGGGGAGUACUCCGCUAGUAGAGUCAAUACGGACUACACUUCGCUGCAGCACUUGAACAACGAGUUGAGCAGGAUGAAUCUCAAUGAUGGACAUUCAACGGAUAGUUCCAUAAGUGAGAGGUUAUACAUAUUGGGUAGCGAGGAUGAAGUAUCUAACGGUAGUGGAGGCAAUAUUUCGCCUAGACCUCAAAGAAAAACCAAAUCCUUCACCAGUACAAACAGCUUAACCAGUACCAGUAGGAACCAGAGUCCACGCUCUGUUAACAGCGAUACGAAGUUGAGACCAGGAGUCAAUUCCAGAUCGUCGAAUAGGAACAGCGCAAACCUGUCUUCUAGCAACUUUCAGGAGGAACUCAUGAGGCUCAUCAAUCCAGAUAAUAUUGAAGCUUCGAACGUUAUGACUGACUCUCCGAAAACCAAAGACAAAAAUCACUCUAGGGAAAAUUUAUCCAGGGAAAAACUAUCAGUGCACGAUAAAACUCAAGCGGAAGUUAUUUUAACGACUGCUCGUCCAGCUACAGUUAUUUCUAAUGCCAGCACGACCUCCAGUCCACUCCUAAACGAAUUCCGUAACAAAGACGAUUCUUUGGGGAUAGUGAGAAGGAAUAAUUUGAUGAAAGAGAAACCAAUGGCUGUGGCCGAGGAAUUUUCACUACCCGAAGAGAUGGACUGGACGAGUCUGAUCGAAGGAGGAGCGAGAAGUCUGAUAUCUCCGAAGGAGGCUGGUAGUUCGAAUUACGAUGGAGAUAGACGACACUGGGAGUUGGAUGGAAUGGUAGAUGCUUCAUUAACAUCCUCUGUUGGCUCCAGCACUAGUGUUCCAGAACUUCAAAACACUGUUUCUGAGCUUGAAGCUAAAGUCAACAGAGAAACACGAAGGAGAUUGUCCCUGGAAAAUGAAGUACAACGAUUAAAAGACGAGAACCGUAAAUUGCAAGAUCAAGCGCAGGCUGCUCUGGCCCAACUUCGAAAAUUCACUGAAUGGUUUUUCAAAAAUGUCCAAAGACAAUAAAAGUGCGAAACAGGUAUUCGAACACCAAACAUGUAGUUAUUAACAUAUACGUUUGUUUAUUCAUGUCUGUUAAAUUUGUAUAUAAAAUCGUCGAAACUGAGACGUUAUUAAAGAGAAUAAAUAUGUUAUUUGAAAUAUACACAGUAUUAUCAUCAUCAUAUGAAACAACACCAAUUUCGUAGGAUAAGAGUUUUACAUAACUUUCAUUUCCAUCACAUAUAACAUUAUUACAUAAUGUCAUCUUAAACAGAAUUGUUUAUUGAAGAAGAAGUUAUCUUCUCAAGAUGAUAUUAUGUGCAACAAUCUCAUUUUUAUUUUUAUCAGCAACAAAUGUUCAUCGUUUUACAUAUUCGAUAAACAAAGUUAGAAACCAUUACGUAAUGUUUUCUCUACAUCAGAUUAAGUCAAUUAUAAUCAACUCUGAAUUUUCAAUAUUGCUGGUUUGAUUCAGAAAAUGGUACCAAAGAUUAAUACAAUCCUAUGCAGUAUUUAAGAAGAAAUCUCAACGCAGCGUUAGGAUCAAAUUCUCAAGUGAGGAUUUGAGAACUUGAUGUAGAGAGUAUGAGAUGAAAAUUGAAGACAUGUAUGUUUUAAUGUGCAUUAGAUUUGUUAUGACGUUUUCUUGUAUUUUAAUAUUUUGUACAUAGUUAUCUUUACAGCUAAUAUCUUCCUUUGAAAUAUCACUCCAUCUGACUGUGACUAUAUUUAUGUUUUGAAUUUUUACUUCUUAGUUUUCUUAGUGUAAUUUUAUACUUUAUUUUUAUAUACAGUACAAAAUUGUUAUGUAGUAUAAUGUAUGUAUUUAUUAUUUCUGUUUAUAAUCGACAUUUUAGAAUUGUUUUUCUUAUAUUUGUUCCAAUGUUCACAAUAUCACUUGUAUUUGAAGUUUUCAGUUAUACCUCAGUAUUUUCUUGUUGUCAAUUCCUGACUUCCCCAAGUAUAUUAGGUAAUGGAUUCAAAAUUGUGUCAAUGGUUACCAAUUUUCCCUAAUUUUCCUUGUUUUGACAAAAAAAAUAUCAAUCAGCUUGGGAAGGAAUCAGCAACUCUUUCGUGAUUUGCUGACAAAAAUCGUUACGAAGUUCUUUCUUGAACUUGCCAGAUCAAUUAAUCAUGCAACGCAGCAAUAAUCUCACAAGAAUGACGGCUUCUUUUGUUUAAACCGGGGAGAAUUUUCAGGAAUUUUUCUGAAAUUUUUCCGAUUGUUCUUUGUAUUUUAUUAAGUCUAUCAUUGUUGCAUAAUUUUAUACAUAACCUUAUUAUAAGUGAGUUAAUAUUUUCAAUAAAAAAUAAUGAGGAUGAACACCAAAUUUAAUAAAAUUAUUAUAGUUAUUGAAAUGAAUAUUGUAACUUAACUGUUAGCACCACAAUCCAUUUCUGAAGUAUUUUGACACAUCCAAGAGCCAAAUUCACAUUAUGCUUCAGCAAUGAAUUCCAAAAGGGACUUAUGUAUUUAAGUAUUCUGUAAGUUUAUCGAACUUGAAAUAUUAUACUGAUUAAAUACAAUCAAUAAAA